AUGGCGGCCUCGCGGCAAGGGAGAGCUUCCUCCACGGUGCUCUCAUCACUCCCACUUCAGAUGCUGCUCUAUCUGAGUGGAACAUACUGCACCCUUUGUUUCCUAGCUACACUCCUGCUGAUCGUGUAUAAAAGUCAGGUUUUCACUUAUCCUCACAGUUACCUGGUCCUGGACCUGUCUCUGCUCUUUCUGAUGGGGAUUCUGGAAGCAAUGCGGUUAUACUUCGGCACCAAGAGCAAUCUGAUGGAGGCCGAGGUGCCGCAGGCCACCAGCCUGGCCCUCACGGUGUCUGUCUACUUCCUGCUCUGGCAGACCCUGGUGCUGCGGGCGGGCUCGGCUCUCAGCGCCAUGCUGCUGGCGCUGCACAGCCUGGAGGCCGUCCUGCAGGUGGUGGCCAUCACCGCCUUCAUCAGCUAA